AUGACCAAGACCAACAGCACGCGCGCCCUCGUGGCCCACGAACCCUCAAACGGCCAACUGAACUGGAAACUAGAAGACGUCAACCUCCGCGAACUCCAACCCAACGAGCUGCUCGUCCGCAUCGUAGCAGUGGGCGUGUGCCACACAGAUCUCGUCUUCGGAAUGUGGCCGCCCGAUCAGAUCCCCUAUCCCAAGGUCUUAGGACACGAAGGCUCCGGGAUAGUCCUCCAAGCAGGCGCGGACGUGCGCAGUGCAAGCACCGGAGAUCCGGUCCUCCUCUCCUUCCAAUGCUGCAACGCAUGCAAGAACUGCGCCGCCUCGCACCCGUCCUUCUGCGACCAAUUCGGGUUAUUGAACUACGGCGGCGAUGGGAGUUCAUACACCACAUCCGAAAACAAAGAGCUGCGUGGUGCGUUCUUUGGACAGUCAUCGUUUGCGCAGGUGGCCAUUGUCAAGGAGAGUUCGGUGGUGAAUGUUUCUGGUUCAAUAGAGAGUGAGGAGGAGCUUAAGAUCUUUGCGCCGAUGGGGUGUGGGUUCCAGACUGGGAUGGGGACUGUGGAGAAUGUUGCGGAUGCUGGUGAGGAUGAUGCGGUUGUUGUUCUUGGGCUGGGUGGUGUGGGAUUGUUAUCUAUCGUGGCCGCCAAACUCAAGGGCUGUAAAGCCAUCAUCGGGAUAGAUAGACUGCCUGAAAGGCUGGAGUUGGCAAAAGAGCUUGGAGCAACGGGGGUUAUCAAUACACUGGACAAGGACGUGGACAUCGCAGAGAGACUUGCAGAGUUGACAAACGGUGAAGGCGCCUCUGUGACGAUAGACACGACAGGGAAUCUGGACCUGAUCCGACAAGCGGUACAAUGGACGACGAAUAGAGGGCAGAUCAUCCUAGUCGGAGUGCCAGCUCCAGAUGCUCAGCUUGACGUCCAUCUCAUCCAAUUCAUGCAGACUGGGAAGAUUAUCCGUGGUAGCAUUGAAGGCGAUGCAACUCCAUCCAAGUAUAUCCCGAAGAUGAUUAAAUGGUACCGAGAGAGAAAGCUCCCUAUUGAGAAGCUGAUCAAGUUGUAUCCGAUGGAUAAAUUCCAAGAGGCGCUCGCUGAUAUGAAGACUGGUGCUACUGUAAAACCAGUUCUUGUUUGGUAG